CCUUUCCUUUCCUCUUUCUUUCUAGGAAUAAUUUGACCUGGAUGUUGUCUCUUGCAGCAGUCUCUCAUCCAAAAGAAGUUCGCCCCUCGCGCUCGGUCUAUCUUCCGAUCUGUCAAAGCUCACCCCCCUACUCUCUCUCUUAUCUUCGGUCUCUCCCUUGUCAAAGAACUAAGACUGAAAGGAAGACAAAAGCAUACACACAACAAAGACAACUACUGCUACUGCUUCAAACGCACGUGCAGCAACCCACCGUUCGCCAGUAGCUCACUGGCCUUUUUUGGUCUUCGGAGCAGCUUCCCGCAAAAGGCACCAACAACUGGUCGCGGCCGCAACGACAUUCGCCAUCCUCUCCAGGGUCCAGGUGGUUUUGUCGAUCCGCUCUCUCCCGCUAGGCCCCGGCCAAUCCAGUUUCUGCAUUGUUGAGAUCCCCGACCGCCCGCCGCCUGCCGCCCAAGAGACCCAAGACCCUCAACAGACUAGAACGUUUUUUAUUUCCCUAAAGAAGCCGUCACCUCUCGGUUCGGUCCCUGACUGGUCUCUCUCGGUUCCUCCCCACCAUCUUGCUCUGCCCGCUCUGACCCUCCCCUCCCUCCCCUUGGUGUAUAAGCCAAUUGAUUCCCUCGCCUCCCUCCCGUGGGCUUACCCGUAAACAUCGACUUGUCUGCAGCUCCAACCACAACCCCCUUCGUCUCACCCUAAAGACGAGAGCCGCCGCAUACCUUCAGUGUAACACAGCCAGCACCACAACCACGGCACCAUAUCGGCACGUGCAAACGAUUCGAUCGAGACCGACGUAGAAGAGACCAACUCAACCUUACUGCGGUCACCUUGCCGCCGAGCCCGAGCCUUUACUGUUCGGAGCCAAUCGCACAUCUCUUGUUGAAUCAAAACUGUUGGUCGAGUGAUGGAACCGCUCGUCAACAUGACUGCCCUCAAGUCACCCUGCAGCGGCUCUGUCAUUCAAGACGACGACGAGUUCACUACGACGGCCACAGCGUCCGGCGCUCAGACAGAAAGCACCGAACUUGCCCGGAGAAGACGACACUCCUUCUUUAUCCCUCGACGCAAGUCCAUCGUCAACCAUAUUAUGGACGGGGAGGAGCAUUUGUUACUCAAGGUCGACCUUUUCCUUUCCGAGCUCGAGCGUCGCCUCGAAUUCCUCGAAAAGUAUGGCGAGCUCACCUUCGAUUCGAGCAUCUCCCGCGCCUUUUCCACCCUGCAGACCGUCCGCGCCCGGUGCUCCCACGCUUCGGAGGAGGUCCUCGGCGCUGGCCGCAGGCGCCUGCACAUUAUGGUGGAGACGCUGGAGGCCCGCUACCAGGGGGCCCUGGCCUCGGCCGAGUCCCUCAACGAGAAGGCCCGUGUCGGCAUCGAGCUGCUCGACGACAUGCUCACCGAGUUCGAGAAUCGCGCCUACAAGCUGCGCGAGCAGGGGCUCGCCAACGCCGCCGACGCCGCCGGCGCCUUCAUGAGCGAGGGUCGCCGCGUCGUCGACGGCGGUAUCGAGCUGGCGAGGGAGGUCGUCGACGAGGGUAUCGAGAGGGCUAUGCGCGCCGCCGAGAACCUUGAGGAAAAGAUCGCUCUCGCCGUCGCGCGGGCCCGGGAGACGAAGCUCAUCGCCUACGACGACCUGCCCGUGCCCUGGCGCAUCAACCCGCACAUCCGCGAGGGUUACCGCUUCACCGAGUCCAAGCUUGAGUGCAUCUGGUCGGCAUUUGGCCUUUCCAACGAGCUCGUCAACAUCUGGUCGCACGCCAUCGGCCUUGUCAUCGUCCUCGCCGUCGCUCUGUACUUCUACCCUCGUAACGUCAACUUCCAGUUCAGCACAAAAACGGAUAUCUUCAUCGCCACCGUCUUCUUCUUUACUGCCUGCCUGACGCUCGUCUGCUCGACCAUCUGGCACACCAUGAACGCCGUGGCCGACGUCGACGCCAUAUCCAUAUUUGCCUGCGUCGACUACACGGGAAUCUCGCUGCUCAUCGCCGCCUCAAUCGUCACGACAGAGUACACGGCCUUCUACUGCGACCCCGUGAGCCGCUGGCUCUACAUGAGCACGACGGCCUUCCUCGGCAUCGGCGGCGUCAUUCUGCCUUGGCACCCGACCUUUAACGGAGCGGACAUGGCGUGGGCCCGCGUCGCAUUCUUUUGCGGCCUCGGCGCCACUGGCUUCCUGCCCAUUCUGCAGCUGUACUUUUCCCAUGGGCCCGAGUUCGUCUGGGAAUUUUACACUCCAAUCGCCAAGAGCAUCUUCGUCUAUCUCCUCGGUGCAUUCGUGUAUGCAAGCAAGAUCCCCGAGCGCUGGUGCCCCGGCAUGUUUGACUACAUUGGCGGCAGCCACAACUUGUGGCACCUGGCGGUCCUCGGCGGCAUCCUGUUCCAUUACACGGCCAUGCAAUCCUUUUUCACAAACGCCUUCAGACAGGCGCAGGGGGAGUGCUCUGUUUUCUGAGCUUGUCCUGUAGGCUUAUUUUGUCUGAAGAUGAACCCGGCUGUCGAUGGACGAUACUCCGUUUCAAUGGACAGAUGGCUGGGACGUGUCAGGCCCAGGGCUGUGGCGGACGUACUGAAUAUCUGCCUAGUCCCUUGGAAAGGUUUCACUCGCCAACUUCGAAUCCAGAGGGACACGACGGCUCCGGCAACACAACAGCAGCGCCGUGAGCACCCCACUUGAUACCCAUCAGCUCUAGUAGCCCAGUGGUCAUUGACCAAGAGCCGCUCCAGCUACUCGACGCCGAACUGGACUCAGUCUCGCCCUUGGCGUCUUGCGGUCAAUACGCCUUUCAUAACAGGUCAAUAACGGCUCAAUAAUAGGUAUCUCGAGCAAGACCUUGAUAUUGCCGUGUCAAACGCGGCCCGACGGGGUGGAAACCCGAGACAUAAUUGGGGGAAAGAUCUCUUCCGCAGUUACUGGCUUGCCAGCCAACCAUUUGAUCCAGGUGUCUCUGAUUACAGGGCAAAUCCUUUCCAGUUCAACAAUUUACCGUGUGAGCUGUCUGCAAGCGGCUCGCUGUAGACCACGAUGGACGAUAGAGUUACAUGCGCUUUGCAAGCGUCGGACACUCCCACCCACGGAAGUUCGCUCCAAUGGCUUCAAUAAUGUCUAGAAGGAACUAUAGAUUAGACGGCGGUCUUUGGUGACUCAAAAGCUAGAAGCUUCGGGCAAAUAGCCCUUUAAUUGAAUAGAUAUCCGC